GCGGCGGGAAGCGCCUUCCCCACAGGUAGUGGGUUAGGGAGGGCAGGGUUAGGGAGGGAAGCAGGGCCGCUCUCCCUGUCGCCCCCCCCCCCCCGGAGUCGGAGUGCGUUGGUCGGGUAGUCUCUGAGGGCCCUUCGCUCCUGGGAUCUGCCCGUUACCGACCGUUGCCGGCAAGGCCCCGCGGCCGGCACCGGAGAAGGGCGGCGAGGCGGCGGGGAUGGUCGCGUCCCGUGGCGGGAGGCUCGUCGUUCACGGGGCGCCCACAGAACCCACCUAGGGGAGGUCCUCAGCCCACCACCGUAUUUUCAGCCAGGACAUCAAUGCAAGCUUGAAUAAGAAAAACAAAUUCUUCCUCCUAAGCCAUGGCAUAUCAGUUAUACAGAAAUACCACUUUGGGAAACAGUCUUCAGGAGAGCCUAGAUGAGCUCAUACAGUCUCAACAGAUCACCCCCCAACUUGCCCUUCAAGUUCUACUUCAGUUUGAUAAGGCUAUAAAUGCAGCAUUGGCUCAGAGGGUCAGGAACAGAGUCAAUUUCAGGGGCUCUCUAAAUACGUACAGAUUCUGCGAUAAUGUGUGGACUUUUGUACUGAAUGAUGUUGAAUUCAGAGAGGUGACAGAACUUAUUAAAGUGGAUAAAGUGAAAAUUGUAGCCUGUGAUGGUAAAAAUACUGGCUCCAAUACUACAGAAUGAAUAGAAAAAAUAUGACUUUUUUACGCCAUCUUCUGUUAUUCAUUGCUUUUGAAGAGAAUCAUAGAAGAGACUUUUUAUUUAUUCUAGAAUUGCAGAAAUGACUACACUGUGCUAUACCAGAGAAUUCCAGUAGAAAGAAACUUAUAACUCUGUAGCCUCUUACAUCACCUUUAUUAUACAGCAUGAAAAACCAUAACUUUUUUUUAAGGACAAAAGUUGUUGCCUUCCUAAGAACCUUCUUUAAUAAACUCAUUUUAAAACUUUGA